GUUACGUGUUAGCCUCUUAAGCCUAUGUUCACGAAAAGGAGGUGAACUUUCACAAAUUUCCAUGUAGUUUUUCGAAAGCAAUGAUGAAUUUAAAACUUUAUCUUUGUUUCGUUGCCCACAUUUUUUCUUCUCAUGUAGUUCUGGUAACCUCGGCUGCAAAUCAGUGUGUACCUGUGCUUGAUAACAAAUGUACUAGCGAACCAGGAUCUAACAAUCUCACAAGGUUUCCAAAUGCCCUCGGCCAUUCUGAUUAUACGGCAUCUGAAGGGGAGUUUCAUCAGUUCUUGAAUCUGAUCGAUUCCUCCUGUAGUCCAUCCCUUCUACCGUUCCUGUGCAGCGCUUUCUAUCCGAAAUGUGAUCCACUGACAAAUACUGUUUUGCCGCCAUGUGCAACGGAAUGUGUUAAAUCUUUGUCACAAUGUUCUUUUCUGUUUACAUUUUAUGGAUUCAACUGGCCUAGCAAUCUCAGCUGUGACCGUUUUAGUGAUGGAAGCCAUUGUCCUCAACCAGGUGUUUCUACCUGCUCCACCGAUGUGAAGAAAUAUACAGAAAAACCAUGCUUAGAAUACACCAAGAAAGCAGCCACCAACACGUCCACAUAUUGGUUUGGGUCCAAUUACAACACCGUGUGUCCGAAAGAAAGCGCCACGUCGUUCAACUGUACCAAUUCCCGCCAGGGGACAGCCGACAGCAUAGCAAGUCGUCUACAGCUUGAUCUAUCGCAACUGGACCGAACUGUCAACAUUACAUACACGCAUGGUGAAGGAUCCUAUGAAUCGUGUGGAUCAAAAAUUAGAGUUUGGAAUGGUAACUACAUUGAAGUCCAGCCCGGUGACGGAGUUUAUAAAGCUUACGACGUACACCAGUUUCCAAAAAUUCAGUGGCAUGCUGCAAAGAGCGAACUUGACUCUCUUAUUGUUUAUGACGUUGGAAAUUUAUACGUUCAUGGUAUAUAUGUGAACAUUGUCCAUGGAGAAAUUUCAUCAGGACAAGUUCUGAAGUCAUAUUUACACCCCAUCCCACCCCAGACGGAACCAAAUCCUUUUGCGUUUCUGGUGUUUAAGCAGUCCAGUUCUCUGGCAGUCUCUGACGCUACCAAACAAAUUCUCCUGCAAACGACAGCUUUAGCAGCCAUCACGAAGACCCUUGAAUUGACAGGUCCAGUAGCUCUGAACUGGAUAAAUGUUGUCCGGGAUCCUUACGCCAUUGAGGGUCUGGUGGACUUGCACAUAGCCGACCUGUGUCCAUACCUGGAAACUGAAGCACUUUUAAAACACAACCGUUCCUUUAUUCACUCUGAUACGUUCCUGGACGUGGCUUUGUCUGUGACGUUCAACCCCUCAGCGACAAUAUACACGUCUUGUUGCUCCACACACACUGUAACUGCGAAAACAUUAACUCUAAAGUCUCUGGCACCGACAUAUGUUGACACCGCAGACGUUCGCACCGAGGCAGCCCCGACCAUAAGUUUCUACAAGGCUGGACUUAUUUCGCUGAAUAGAGUCACUGAUACUUAUACUCUGAUUUGCAUUGAUCCCGACGUAAGCAAGAGCCAUUCCCCCAUUAUUCAUUGGAUGGUAACAAAUAUACCCGACGGCAACAUUCAAAAUGGACAGACUGUGUUGCCCUAUAUUGGACCAAUGCCACCACCGGGCAAGAACCACACAUACUACUUCCUUCUGUAUAAACAGUCGUCCCCGGUAGAUGCCUCCACUGUCGAUGGUUAUGCCGGACCUCACUGCCAGGGAAGAUGUCUUUUUGACAUAAAUCGUUUUGUGGCCAACAACCACAUGACGCUGAGUGGUGCGCGUUGGAUGAUUGCGCACAAUGACGCCUACAUACGUCAUUUAUACGUCACACAGCGUGGAAUGGAUGAACAUGCUGUCUGCCAUGGCGUCUCUGGCUACAGUGCUAACUGUCAUGAAAGUAUUGUUGUCGUUGGAUAGAGUCUUUAGCUCACCAAAAAAUACACUCUUUAAAACUC